UCUUUAUGUUACAGAGAGAUGUCUUCCAUUCAGUUCCUCACAAGGCCUCCCUUGCCUCGUUUGGCUUAUCACAGAAUUUUAGCACGGAACCCUGGAGUUGUGUUCCUGCCGGGAUUCAAGUCCAACAUGAAUGCAGUGAAGGCAUUAGCCCUGGAGGACUUCUGUCGUUCAGCGGGGCAUUCCUUUAUCAGGUUUGAUUACAUGGGCUCUGGCAGCUCCGAAGGUAAUUUUGAGGAUUGCACAUUAGGAGAUUGGAAGAACGACGUGCUGACGGUCUUGCAUACUCUCACCACGGGACCUCAGGUUCUUGUUGGUUCUAGCAUGGGCGGUUGGCUUAUGUUAUUGGCUGCUCUUGCGAAGCCAGAGAAUGUGGCCGGAUUGGUUGGUAUAGCAACAGCUGCUGAUCACUUUGUAACUGUUUUCAACCAGCUUCCCUCUGAGGCCAGAGAAGAUGCUGUGAGGACAGGCAAAUACAAUAUGCCGUCCAAGUACAGUGCCAGUGGCUUCUACAGCAUGAAAUAUAACUUUAUAAAGGAGUCAGAGCAGCACUCUCUGCUACAAAACCGCAUCAACAUCUCAUGCCCAGUGCGGCUUAUGCAUGGCAUGAAGGAUGAAGUGGUACCCUGGCAGGUUUCCAUCAAAGUGGCAGAACAACUCAUCAGUGAUGAUGUGGACAUCAUCCUCCGAAAAAAUGGAGAUCACCGCUUGUCACAGGAUGAAGAUAUCAAGCUCCUGGUUACUGUCGUUGCUGACCUACUGCAAAAGUUAACCAAAAAAGAUCUGGAUUGAAAGGAACACAGUUGUGUUGGAAUUCAUUGUCAGUUAAUACUAAUCAAAAAGGUUAAGCAGGGUCUUCACCUGUGUUUUUGUGUUUUGCUGUCAUAAAUCAAGGGCUUAGAUAACUGCAGCUGUUGAACUAGAACGUACUUCAUAUUCGGAGAAAUGUGGUUAGACAUAAUCUCUGCAGCAAAUAAAAGUUUUGUAUACCUGCCAAAGACA